UUUUCAGAGGGUUUUCGGCUAUCUGAGAGAGAAUUAAAAAAAGAGAUUUAUAAUUUUUUUGGACAAGAAAAAUUUUUUAAAAAUGAAAUUUAGAAUUGUGUGAGAAAAUCUCAAAUGGGUUUUGUUUGGAAAGCACAUUAGGAUUUUCCUUUUUGUUUUGUCGGGAAGAUAAUGGGAUAAAAGAAAGUAUUGUUUUAUUUUUUUCUGCUAUGAAGACAACUUUUUCGAAUCUGUUAUUUUCUUUAUGUGAUCUUAUGUUUGGCUGAGAAUUUCGUAUAUUGAUCCAACAUUUCAUUGUUUAAGAGGGUCUAAGCUGAGCUGAGAUGAAAUACUUGUGUCUCUUGGAACUGAUUCAAGGGUGUUGGUGAAUUGCAUAUGAUGUGUUCUUAAUUUUAUGAUCUUUGAAGCAUGGAGUUGCAGAAGAGGUUAGAUUAUGGAUUCAAUGGCUAUCAGGUGCCUGCUACUCCACGAGCAACCAGAUCAGCCAGGAAAAGGGUUCCAUUUAAAAAGAGAGUUGAAGACAAGCGAAUAAGUGCUUUCGACUUACUGGCCACCGUAGCUGGGAAGUUAUUACUAGAUAAAGAAAGUACUCCUGUCUCUAGUAAUACGUCAAGUGCUGAAGAUAAGUCUAAAGUUGAAAAGAAUACUGUUAAAGAAGAAAGGCGGGAUGGAAACCAGUCAUCGAAGCUAGAAACAUGUGAUCAAUACAGCAAUGAUAGGGAAUUCAUAAUUUCUCAACUUGUCUCACAAACUAAUGACCUAAGAAGCUGUAGUUUUAGAAAAUCACCGAGCCUUAAAAAUGACACCCAUUUUGGACUUACCUCUGUCGUAACAACUUCUGAUUGCUCAGAAAGAUCUGGUGUUCUGAAGUUAAUGAAUGGCAAAAUCAAGAAUGAAAUGGGAAGUUUGCCUUGUAAGGUAGAGACUGGUCCCUUUCUGUGCGGGGCUUCUGGUGGUCGUAUUAAACUAGAGUUUGAAAAUAAAGGGCCUAUACAUGAGGAGCUGGAUCGAACUGAUAAGUUAUCUUUUAGAGAAGUGGCUGAUACAUGCCCCUUAGAGGAUCCGGUAGUUGUGGAUGGUAAACCUCCUCUUCUAGUUAGUUCAGAUAGUAGUGGCAAGACACAUUCAUAUGGGUUCAAUAAUCACCUUGGCUCUUUUCCUGGUAAGCGAGAUGAUUUAAAGAUAGUUAGUAGAGAUGAUGAUGAAAAAUCUUCAGGGUGUACUUACCUUGGCCCCAUAAAGAAACCAUUUAGGCCAACACCACUUAUUGGAGACCGAAGAAUAAGGAAGACAAUGACUUCUAAAUACUUGAAAGUUGCUCCAAGAUUGAAUGAUGUGACACUAUCCAAUUCUGAUGAGAAUUUGAAAUCUGCUUACUGCGAUAGGAGUGCUUACAAGCGCAUAAGAUCCGAAAGGAACUACCCUUUUAAAAAAAGGAAGUUUUUACACUAUAGCUCAGUAUCAAAUUCAGAUGGAGGAAUCAGCAGUGAGGGUAUUUCCGAUUCACCUGAGCAGAGCAUCAAUGGAAAUGCUUCAGGCGUAUAUCCAAAGAUGCGUGGAGUCACUGGAGAAUCACCUUCGCUAGCAGACCAACGCAAAUCAUUCCACUCUAGGGAUUCUCACGUGAAGUUUAGGAUCAAAUCUUUCAGGGUGCCAGAAUUGUUUAUUGAAAUUCCAGAAUCUGCAACUAUUGGUUCAUUGAAGAGGACUGUUAUGGAGGCAGUGACAGCGAUACUCGGAGGUGGAUUACGCAUUGGUGUACUUCUUCAAGGAAAAAAGGUUAGAGAUGACAAUAAAACUCUGUUGCAAACGGGAAUUUCUCGUGAUAACCAGAUGGAUGCACUGGGUUUUAGCCUGGAGCCGAACCCUUCGCAAACCUUUCCAUCGCACUGUCCUGGAGGUUCUCCCUUGAAGUUUCCCUGUGACACACCUCUACCUUUAGCUAGGUAUCCAGCAACUCCUGGUUUAGUUACUCGGGUUACACAUGAUCCUUCACAUGAGCCUCACAUGCAUAAUUUGGGCAACUUUGUUGAAAGCGAUCAUGAUUCUGCACCCUCGCCUACAGACAUGUCACUUGACAAAAGCACAACGGAUUCUAAAGCCCUGGUAGCUGUACCAGCGAUGAGUGUGGAGGCGCUAGAUGUGGUUCCAGCCCAUAGGAAAUCAAAGCGAUCUGAAGUUGUGCAACGUAGAAUUCGUCGACCUUUCUCUGUUGCUGAAGUUGAAGCCCUGGUUCAAGCUGUUGAGAAACUUGGAACUGGAAGGUGGCGUGAUGUUAAAUUAAGAGCUUUUGAUAACGCGAAGCACCGAACUUACGUAGAUUUAAAGGAUAAGUGGAAAACACUUGUUCAUACAGCGAGAAUAUCGCCGCAGCAAAGGCGGGGAGAACCGGUGCCUCAGGAGCUCCUGGACAGGGUCCUAACUGCGCAUGCCUACUGGUCACAGCAGCAAGCCAAGCAACAACUGAAGCAGCAACAGCAGCCUGAGAGCUGCCUUCUCCUUUAUAACUCAACAGUAAGAGCUAGUAGCAGAAGUGAUGGUGGUGAAAAAAACUUUGGUUGAUGAUGAUGAUGGGUUUUUAGGGAAGGAUUUGUCUAAUUAUUAUUUUAUCAUUUUCCUUGUAUUUUCUUGUGAUUAUUUAAAAGAAAAAAGGAAAAAAAAUUAUGACAAGAAAUAUGUAAUAUUUUAUGUGCUCUAGCACUGAUUCUUCUCUUACAAUGUAGAGGCAUGGAUGGCCCUUUUGUAAAUUGCUAUUGAUGGAAUAAGAGCUUUGCUAAAUUACAUUGCUAA